AUGACACAAAAUCAAAAUGAAGUGAUGCCAAGUCAACAGCAACAACAAGAACCUGCUGCUGCUUUUAAAAUAAUAACUAUACCAAUACCAUCGUUAUCAGAGAAAGAGAAAGAACAAUUUAAGAGUAUUUAUGAUCUACAUAGUAAGAAUAAAAAGACUUUAAUAUUAGCAGUACUUGGUUUAGUUGGUCUAUUAUUACCAUUUGCUGAUCUUAUAUAUCUUCCAUCAUUGCCGCGAAUGAUAGAAAAUUUAAAAACAACAGAAACAUUAGGUUCAUUAACUGUUAGCAUAUGUCUGUUGACAUCGUGUCUAUUCGGCUUACUAUGGGGUGUUAUCUCAGAUUGUUAUGGACGUAAACCAGUCACACUAAUUGGCUUAACUACAUUUUGUUUAUGGACAAUAGGAUGUCGAUAUUCACCCAAUAUCUAUGCUCUCCUAAUAUUUCGUGGUUUACAAGGUUGUUCAAUUAGUGUUUCACUAGUUGUUGGACAAGCUGCACUAGCUGAUCUCUAUCAUCCAUCGGAGCGCGGUAGAGCUAUGGGUAUCUUCUACGUUUUCU